GAAGGGGAAGAGGGGAAGGGGAAGGGGAAGCGUUUGUUCGUGGCAGUGGCAUCCCCAAGCUCCUUUUCGUCGGGUUUGACGCAUCCUCGCCUUACUUCAAAACUUGAAUUGAUCGCUUUAAGAGUGCCUUAGCCUUUCCUCGUGUCGUGGAAGUGAGGACAAUUUUACUGCAGUCCUUGUAACACUACAGUGAACUCUGAAAAGUCUUUCAGAGAGCACACGGAAAGCAAACGUCACAAAUUUAAAGUGGCAUCAUCAAAACGCUUUUAACAUUUUGACUGAAAAUGCGUCAAACUAGGCGGUCAAGGUCCGGUGUGACCCCUCAGAAGGAUGAGCCCGCUAACCAGGCAGGAGAAGUAAAAGGAGACGAGGAGAAGUCUGUUAAAGCAAGUUUGGAAACUGUAUUUGAGAAGGAAGACAAUUUAGAGAAGGGUAGUGAAGCUGUUGAAGAUACAAGUGCUGACAAUGCCAAGGUUGAUAACGCUGGGCUGAAAACAGAAGAAAAUCAGACCCCAACAAUUGAAAAUGCAACUUCUGGAGAGGAUAAGCAAGAUGAAGUAUCCAAAAUCAGCGGCUCUCCCAGGAAGUCUGACACAGGACUUAUUGAGUUAAACUGCCAAGUGUGCAACUGUUCAUUCACCAAUUAUCAUGAGCACAUGAACAGUGAAUCGCACAAGUCUAAAAUUAGCCAUUCCCCUUUGAAGACUGAUACGCAAACGAGUGCUGAAAAGCCUGCUACCAACCAGGCUCAGAAGCGCAGUGGGGAUCAAGAUUCUGCUCCAUCACCGAAACGGAUGAAAAAUCAAAAUGCUUCAAAUGCCCCCAAUGAAAAGUUCAAUUGUGACAUCUGCAAGUUGUCUAUUCUGAAACAGCAGGACUACGAGCAACAUAUGAAUGGUAAGCGCCACAUGCUGAACGUCACCAGAGCUCAAGGCAAAUCUUAUUGCGAGAUCUGCAAGCUGUUCUUCAAUUCUCCAACCGAUCUUAGUGACCAUGAGGACUCUCAAAUGCACAAGAAGAAUCUUGCUGAUAGAAAGCAAGAUAAGCAGCAAUUCGAAUGCAAAAUAUGCAAAGUGAUAUCUCUUGGUCAGAAGCAAUACGAACAACACUUAACCAGCAAACGCCACAAGCGCACUGUGGAGAAUCCAGGUACUGUUGUUGCUAAACCAGCUGCUGCUGUGAAUGGAAAAACUGAAGCCAAGCCAGCUGCUGCAGCUGCAGUUGUUGUGGCGUCUGAAAAGAAGUGGCUGUACCUCUGCAAUGCUUGUAACUUUGGAUGCAACUUUGAUAACCAGCUCUCUUCACACAUGAAUCUUGCCGAGCACAAGGCUGCUGUAAUUGACAUGAAGAAGAAAGGUUUGAUGAAAGAGGGAGCCAAACCGAGCCCUGCAAAGUUUGCCAACAAGCCUGCUGCCGCCAACAAGCCAGCUACUGCUAAUGCAGCACAGCCUGCUCGGAAAUUCACUCCUGGCAAUGCAGGAAAUCGUCCUAAUGCAGGUGUCAACAAACCUGGUCCAAAACCAAAUUUCAAUGCUGCAGGUCCAGGCCCUUCUGUCACUUACAAUAUCGUGUCUGGCCCAAAUGCUAAUGCUGCUGCUGUCCAGAAGCCAGGUCCUCAAGUCAAUAGGAAGGUCCCUGCUGCAGGUGCAGCCGGGCCAAAGAAAAACAUUCCUCCCAACAAACCUGCUGCAGUGCAGAACAAGCCACAAUUUGCUGGGCGUCCGAAUCAACAACGAUUCCCUGGUAAACCAGCUGAAAAUGCUCCCAACAAAUUUGUUGCAAACCAACAGGCUGCGAAGAUGGGUUUCCAGAAUCAAGCUGCUGCCUUCCGCAAUCCAGCUGGGAACUUUGGCGCAGGCGUUGCACCUCAUCAUGACAAUUUACAUGCUGGUGGUAACUUUGGAGCCUACAGAGCUGCAAACUUUGGUGGAAAUAUGAGAAUGGACGUGAACCCUGGCGCUGAUUUGAGGAACGAUUUCCGAGGCAAUGUGAGGGAUGAUUUCCGCUCUGACGUGCGUGAUGUGCGUGACAUUCGCGACGUCCGUGACAUCCGUGACAUACGCAAUGUUGAUACCAGCGCCGGGAACAGGGGUGAUGCUGCAUUCCGUUCUGGUUUUUAUAGGGAGAUGCCUGCUGAGUCUUCCCGGGCUGACUUCAGAACCUUCAAUGACAUGGACACACGGUCAGAUGUAAGGCCUGGUCCCAUUGUGGAUGCGGGAGAUAUGCGAAGUUUGGCAAGGAAUGACAUGGCUGAUCUCAGAGGCUACAGCAACAAUGAUAUGAGGGAUCUGCAAAGCGACAACAGGAAUGAUUAUUCCAGGGAGCGAAGCGCCAUGUCUGGCUAUGGAGCAUCUGCUGCCUUUGCUCAGACAUACCGAGGCAAUGAAGAAUACAGGUCCGACAAUUAUGGCCGAGCUGCGCAACCCACAGCAUCUGCAACUUCGGGUAACUACUCGAGUGGCAUGAUGUCCAGUGGACGCUAUGAUUACAUGGAUCGCAACUCAUCAGCAUACAGCAAUCAAUAUUCUGCUUCAUCCAGAGGCAUGGGAUACAUGGGUAAUGUUUCACUAAAUGGUCGCUGAAAUUCUACAUUCUUAAUUUGUUUUUCUUAGUAUUGCAAUCAAACUUGAAUCAUUAUAUUUAUAUAAUGACAUCUUUUAUAUUGUAGACAAUGUCAAGCCUAUGAUUAUGCAGAUUCUUGUAUAAAUAAUAUGUGCUUUUAAAUAGCAUUAUGCUAUCACUAAUAUGAAUAGUUACAGUAGAUGCACUGUAUUUUUAUGUUUAUUUAACUUAAUCAAUUUGAUAUGUCAUUAAGGUGACGUCAUCAGCGAGCAAUUCAGAGUAAUUAUUUUCACUCCAUUUACUUCAAGUUUGUAAAAAGUAUGCAUGGUCUCCAGGAAUAAAUGUUCAUGAAUUUUUAUUUAGCUUUCCCUUUUCUUUUUCUUUUUUCUAAAUAAGGUGUGCUUUUGCCGUGUGCUUGUAGUUGUUUGAAAUCAAGCACCACAAUUUUAAACACAGACACAGUUUGGCAAAGAAGUAUUUUCUGUGUAUCUUGAGUUGAGUUGUUUACGCAACAAGAUGAUGAAAAACAUAUUGAUUUGUGUUCUUUGACUUCAAGUCCCAAUGAGCAAUUUCUCACUGUGAUCUUUCACUUUGAUCUUAGACAAUUGUGCAGUGAACCACGCGUGCACACUGACCUAUAUUGUUGAUUUGUUUGAUUUGCAUCUCUUUUUGGGCGGUAGCUCAACUCAAUCUGUGUAUUCUUAAAAAUGAGUUUGCAAAUUUAUUAAUGCAACCUAUUUUGCAGAACAUCGGUGAUGGUAGAAAAACUAUGAAAUUGUGAAUCAGCGGAGCUCAUGUGAAAUCUAGGCCAUGUACAUUAAUUCAGUGAGAAAUCAAAGCUUUACUACCUCUUACUUAAAUUGUGUACACCUACAUCAAUUAUAGUUGAUUAUGAAAGAUUGUUCUUGAAUGUGAAUGGUUUAGUUACUAUAUGAAGAUGGUACAAAUGUGAUUCACAACUCAAUAAAAAAUAGUUGCAAACAA